AUGUACUCUCAAAGACCCUCAUGGCUAGAAGUAUGCUGUAAUGAUACAAGACCGACGCCGACACUGUUUGCUUGGAAUCUAUCCAACAUCCCUUCCUCUCAUGGUUCUGACACUUCAACAUCUCGUGCUUCCGGCAACUCCGACAAGCGUAUAUACGUCCUAGGAGUUGGCAACCUGGGCCGUCUCUUCGCAAGUUCACUGGCUCAGGCUCCUGGCAACCCUCCUAUCACGCUGGUUGUUCACAGGAAGGAGCUGUUGGAGCAGUGGAUCGAGGGCCAGGGUAUCGAAAUUCUGCGCCAAGGCAAGCUUGAGAGAAGUAAGAACUUCGAUAUUGAGUGGUGGACGGAAACCGAGCCAGAUGUUGGUCCUGUGCGAGAAGUCGCCGAGGGAGAUAGGCUGAAGAACCUCAUCAUCACGACCAAGGCUUCAGCUGCGCUGCCACAAGUGGACCGAGUCCGGGGGUAUCUGGAUCGAGACAGUACUGUUAUGUUUGCGCAGAACGGAAUGUCCAAACUGUGGCCCCCUCAUGGACAAGCCUAUGUUUCUCAUCGCUAUCACAGCAGCCAUGAGCCUAACUUCCUAGCUUGUGUGGCCACACAUGGUGUGACAUCUCAAGGAACAUUCAAGAGCCUACAUGCUUCUCAGGCAGAUGCAGUCGUGGGAUCUGUUCUUCCAAAUGCCUUAUCUGUUCAGAAAACAGCCUAUUUAACGAAGCAGUUGCUCGAAGCGCCUCAUUUGGAUGCCAGAUCAGCAUCUAGAGGAGAGCUCUGGAUAUUGCAACUAGAGAAACUAGUUGUGAACUCGGUGAUCAAUCCAUUGACAGCUAUCCUGGACUGCAAGAAUGGUGCACUUUUUGUCGAGCCCAAUGGAGUGCUUGCUCAAGUCAUUGACCAGCUUCUGGUCGAGGCAAGCCAAGUGCUGCAACUUCUCGUAGCUCAUGAGAGCAGUUCCGACAUCAUUGGACAACAGGAAAACCGGCCAUCGGCACGGCCUGAGACAACCAUCGACUUCUCUCCUCAGAAUAUGCACGAAAGAUUCUCUUACUUGCGGCUAAAAGACAUGAUCUAUCAAGUGGGUCACAAGGUUGGGGAAAACACAAGCUCCAUGCUGCAAGACGUGCGCGCCGGCAGAUCAACCGAGAUCAGGGACUUCAACGGCUGGCUAGUCGAGAUGGCAGCUUUUCUAGACCCUGAACUAGAGGUAACAGGCCACAGCAUCUUGAUUGAGCUGGUAGAGGAUGGUAGGAACCUAGAUGUGGAUCAGCUCGGAAGAUGCUUCAACUGUUCCGGGACAGAUGCAAGGAAAUGA